AAAUAAAUCCUGGAAAACAGAGAAGAAGGAGGAGGUAGAAGAAAGAAGAAGAUACUAAACUUUGUUGCGUGUGAGUGAUAAAGAACUGGGCUAUGGGCGAGUCAAGUGACUCGGUUUCUAUAGAUAUUGACAUGCUUUCUUUUGAAGGAAAGGAACAUGUGGUGAAAACUACUAGAGGUUCAAUUUCAGUGUACGUGUGUGGUGAUCAAGAAAAGCCUGCUUUGAUUACUUACCCAGAUGUUGCUCUCAAUUACAUGUCUUGUUUCCAAGGCCUCUUCUUUUGUCCAGAGGCAGCUUCUUUGUUGCUCCAUAACUUCUGCAUUUACCACAUUGAUGCCCCAGGACAUGAGUUGGGAGCUGACGUGAUUUCUUCAGAUGCUCCAUUUCUUAGUGUGGAUGACUUAGCCGAUCAGGUUGCUGAAGUGCUCGAUUUCUUCGGGGUGAGAGAGGUUCUGUGCUUAGGCGUAUCAGCUGGUGCUUACAUACUUACACUUUUUGCAAUAAAAUAUAAAGAACGGGUGCUUGGAUUGAUCCUUGUUUCUCCUAUUUGCAGAGCACCCUCAUGGACUGAAUGGCUUUACAAUAAGGUGUUAAUGAAUUUGUUAUACUUCUAUGGCAUGUCUGGUGUAUUGAAGGAAUGCUUUAUCCAGCGUUACUUCAGUAAGGACAUUAGGUGUGGUGUUCAUGGUGCAGAAUCAGACAUCAUUCAAGCUUGUAGAAGGUUGCUGGAUGAGAGGCAAAGUUUGAACGUAAUGCGCUUUCUUCAAGCAAUCAAUGAGAGGCAUGACCUCACGGACAGCUUGAAGGAGUUGCAAUGCAAAACACUUAUUUUUGUAGGUGACAGCAGUCAGUUCCGUGAUGAAUCUGUGUAUAUGAGUGUCAAAAUGGGCAAGAAAAGCUGUGCACUUGUUGAGGUUCAGGCCUGUGGUUCACUUGUGACAGAAGAGCAUCCUUAUGCCAUGAUAAUCCCAAUGGAAUUCUUUCUGAUGGGAUUUGGUUACUAUAGACCACCACAUUUUGCUUCCUCAUCGAGUAAUGGCUCCAACCCUGCCAGUCCCUCAAGCCAUUCUUGUAUUGCACCAGAACUUCUCUCUCCUGAGAGUUUGGGGAUCAAGCUUAAACCUAUCAAGACACGCGUUGACAUUGAAGUUUGAUGUGUUGAAGAAUGAUUUUCAUUAACUCGCACGACCCCGAGUUAGCGAUCGGGGGUGAAGCAGCAAGAUUUCAGCUUUGCACAUAUAACCAUGAUAGGUGUAUCAUAUAUGUAGGAUGGUAGCAUAGAUUCACAUUCUUUGAUUGUAUUGGCAAGGAAAGAUUUUUGGAGUUGUAGAAAGAAUAGGUUGUACCGGAGAAAUUCUAAGGUAACUUGGUUAAUCUAUCAACAGAUUGUGAAAUGAUUCUUUAGUAAAGGAAGAUUAAUGUGUAAUACAUCCUAUUUGAAUAUUUGUAACUUCAUUUUUUCUAAAACAAAUAUUCUUGAACUGCCGUUACCUUUUUA